UUCACGCCCCUCCCCCUCCUCCUCUCUGGUUGGAAAGUUUCUAGAAUCUCUUCCCAGCGGCCUUUGCGGUUCCAACAUGGCGGAGCUGACGGUGGAGGUUCGCGGCUCCAACGGGGCUUUCUACAAGGGAUUUAUCAAAGAUGUUCAUGAAGACUCUCUCACAGUUGUUUUUGAGAACAAUUGGCAACCGGAACGCCAGGUUCCAUUUAAUGAAGUUAGAUUACCACCACCACCUGAUAUAAAAAAAGAAAUUAGUGAAGGAGAUGAAGUAGAGGUGUAUUCAAGAUCAAAUGAUCAAGAACCAUGUGGAUGGUGGUUGGCUAAAGUUCGAAUGAUGAAAGGAGAAUUUUAUGUCAUUGAAUAUGCUGCUUGUGAUGCCACUUACAAUGAAAUAGUCACAUUUGAACGACUUCGGCCUGUCAAUCAAAGUAAAACUGUCAAAAAAAAUACCUUCUUUAAAUGCACAGUGGAUGUUCCUGAGGAUUUGAGAGAGGCGUGUGCUAAUGAAAAUGCACAUAAAGAUUUUAAGAAAGCAGUAGGAGCAUGCAGAAUUUUUUACCAUCCAGAAACCACACAGCUAAUGAUACUGUCUGCCAGUGAAGCAACUGUUAAGAGAGUAAAUAUUUUGAGUGACAUGCAUUUGCGAAGUAUUCGUACGAAGUUGAUGCUUAUGUCCAGAAAUGAAGAGGCCACUAAGCAUUUAGAAUGCACAAAGCAACUUGCAGCAGCUUUUCAUGAGGAAUUUGUUGUGAGAGAAGAUUUGAUGGUCCUGGCAAUAGGAACACAUGGUAGUAACAUACAACAAGCUAGAAAGGUUCCUGGAGUUACAGCUAUUGAGCUAGAUGAAGAUACUGGAACAUUUAGAAUCUACGGCGAGAGUGCUGAUGCUGUAAAAAAGGCUAGAGGUUUUUUGGAAUUUGUGGAGGAUUUUAUUCAGGUUCCUAGGAAUCUUGUUGGAAAAGUAAUUGGGAAGAAUGGCAAAGUUAUUCAAGAAAUAGUAGACAAAUCUGGUGUGGUUCGGGUGAGAAUUGAAGGAGACAAUGAAAAUAAACUACCUAGAGAAGAUGGGAUGGUUCCAUUUGUAUUUGUUGGCACUAAAGAAAGCAUUGGAAAUGUGCAAGUUCUUUUAGAGUAUCAUAUUGCUUAUCUAAAGGAAGUAGAACAGCUAAGAAUGGAACGCCUGCAGAUUGAUGAACAGCUACGACAAAUUGGUUCUAGGUCUUAUAGUGGAAGAGGCAGAGGUCGUCGGGGCCCUAACCACACCUCCGGUUAUGGUACAAACUCUGAGCUGUCUAACCCAUCUGAAACUGAAUCUGAGCGUAAAGACGAGCUAAGUGAUUGGUCAUUGGCGGGAGAAUAUGACCGAGAGAGCCGGCAUCAGCGUGACAGCAGGAGACGCCCAGGAGGAAGAGGCAGAAGUGUUUCAGGGGGUCGAGGUCGUGGUGGACCACGUGGUGGCAAAUCUUCCAUCAGUUCUGUGCUCAAAGAUCCAGACAGCAAUCCAUACAGCUUACUUGAUAAUACAGAAUCAGAUCAGACUGCAGACACUGAUGCCAGCGAAUCUCAUCACAGUACUAACCGUCGUAGGCAGUCUCGUAGACGAAGGACUGAUGAAGAUGCUGUUCUGAUGGAUGGGAUGACUGAAUCUGAUACAGCUUCAGUUAAUGAAAAUGGGCUAGGUAUGUAA